AUGCCCAAUCCAGAUGAUGACUUGCUCAGGCGCCUCCUCGUGCACAAUCGCGAAGCCAGAGACGAGGCCAAACGUAUACUGGUGCAAGCGCGUUCGGCCACCGGACCUGGAACGGGUUAUGAUAUAUCGGACGGCAAGACUGGUUUAGCAGCCAUCUGCGCGUAUCUCGCGACCGUAAAGACUGGUUAUGAUGAUCUUGACUUGACGACAGCCCAGAAAGCUUCGUGUCUGGAGCCUAAGAUCUUCAAGCGUACACUGGAGACUGUCAAGAACGCUCUCGAGGCCAAGCGCGCGCCCAGUCUAUCUCGCAACAAUAGCAACACACGCUCAUGGAGAGAUGGCCGCUCCCGCGAGCAGCGUACGCUUCGUGAUUCGUUUCUGCCCAUCAUCGAGAAACAUCGGCUUGGGCGGCCUAAGUUGGUCGCCACUUGGAUGCAAUGGACGUAUUCCAGCAUGAAGGAACAUCUGGAGGCCGAGAUGAUCCAAGCGUCGGAUCAGGACCUCAGAAUCGCAGCGUACCAAUAUGUCGCAGGGAUCUUGAAGAAACCGGCGAAGUCAGAGCCACUCUGCGCCGAAUACAAAGUCUUACAUCAUCGGCACAUGGAUCUCCUCGCGAUGGCAAAGCGUUGCUGCAAGGAUGUUACUCGCGAAAUCCAACAUUCCAUUGAAGAGCUCUCCCAGAAAGUCAAAACAGCACCUUCACGUUCAUCUGCGCGUCUCUCACCGUCCAAGUCGACAUCUACCGUUGCAAACAAUACCGCUCCGGAAGUUGCGCGACCUGUCUCACCUAACAAGUCCUCAAUGCGCGCACCAGGCACAACACGCCCGCUUAAACGCGCCGUCUCGUUUCACGAGGAUGCUCCUGAAGACACGCCCUCCAAACCUAAACGGUUGCGCACAUCUUCUCCCUACAAGACCCCCUUCACGCCGACUGCCGACGAGUUAUACAAGGAUGUCCCGAAAACGCCCGCGCCUGCCGUUCUACAACCUAGAUACACACGUCAAGCCUCUGAUUCCCAUAGCGACGACGCGCGUUCGGAUGCUGGCAGGUCGGACCUUGGGUCGGGAUCUGAGGUUGAAAGGGAACUACAGGAUAUUCCUGCUUCAUCGGACUCUGAGGAGCACGAACCUCAGGCUAUACCCUAUCGCGAAUCGAGUCCCGGCAUGUCCCUAUUUCGGACACCGCGCAAGGACGGGGGAGAUGGACAAGCCCAUCGUACGCCAUAUGCCAAGAAACCGCCGCCAGAGCUCCUACAACGCUCUUCCCCAAGCUCUUUGGACUUCGACGGACCCGAGCCAGAUGGCGAUGAAGAAGCUGUUGAGCCGGAAGACGAACCUGAGGCUGAGGACGAACUCCUUCCUCCUGUCCGCCGAUUCCGACCUGUCCUUCUUGACCGGGCACAAUGGUCGGAGCGAGCGCCAAAGCUGACGGCGGAAUGGGCUCGAGCCAAACAAGAUUUCAAGGCUUGGACGGCGAAAUAUGGACGGCCGUUUGAGAGCCUGCGUGCAUGA